GAUGGCGUCUCCCCAUCCCUCAAUGCUCCUGGACUUUAGUCGGAGGCCACAACCACGCCUGGAAGAGCGCUUCCGACCUCUUGCUCCCUUCCUUAGCCCAGUUCCAGGGAAAAAGGGAAGAGGGGAGGUUUCAGCAGCUUGAGGAAGGGCAAAUUUUCUUUGGUGGCUGUACCCCGGGUUUAGUGAUCUCAACUCUACCCUCUAAAGUGGGCAGCCAGCUGAGCGGAGGAACACUUCUGAGGGGUCCUGAGCAUUUCCAGCGCUCCACCCGCCCCCUGCAGACUGUGCGUUGAGCAGGACGCAGUUCUCGGGAACCAUUUCCAUCCAGGCUGCUGGGGGACAGGGCCAAAGGGAUGCCCAAGCCUGGAAGGGAGAAAAGUUUCUCUCCAACGACGCGACAGCUAAAACGGGGCGUCUCCCCUCCUCGAGAUCCCUUUGGAACCUCUGGCACCUAGUUCAUGAGGGACAGCGAACUCUGCGCCCCGAGACUUAUCGCAAUUCGGAUGCUCGUGCCCGGAGGCGCGCAGUUGCCGGGAUGCAUGAGAAAGAGGCCUGGACUUGGGCUGGGAAAGCGACCUUUUAAAACCAAUGUCAGGGUGUACUGGGGUUGCAGCCCGGAGUCCGGAGAAAAGUGAAAGGCGAGAUGACAUACACUGAAUUAGGGCAAACAUUGGCACCGGGGACAAAACUCCGUCCCUGGAGCACCAAGGAGAAAAACAAAACUGGUGUCCAGUGGAGAUUGAAAUCCUAGGAGCAAGCAGAGAAGAGUUGAGGGCGAUGAGAGCGGGUACUGCGAACUGCCGGGCGAUGCCGCCGCUGCCGCCGUGACACCGAGAGCAACAGUUCCUCGUCAACACCCCUCCCCGACCCAGGCACACACCCCUCAACAGGCACGCACACCCACCCCACGGCGCCCGGCUCGGCAGCGUCCUCUCCAUUGGCCCAGGAAGCCCACCUUGCUCUGACACGCACAGCCUGGGAGGAAAGAGAGCCUCAUGCCUGAGCCGAGGGGUGCACCAUGGAUCUGACGAAGAUGGGCAUGAUCCAGCUGCAGAACCCCAGCCACCCCACGGGGCUGCUGUGCAAAGCCAACCAGAUGCGGCUGGCCGGGACUCUGUGCGACGUGGUCAUCAUGGUGGACAGCCAGGAGUUUCACGCCCACCGGACGGUGCUGGCCUGCACCAGCAAGAUGUUUGAGAUCCUCUUCCACCGCAAUAGCCAGCACUAUACUCUGGACUUCCUCUCGCCAAAGACCUUCCAGCAGAUUCUGGAGUAUGCAUACACGGCCACGCUGCAAGCCAAGGCCGAGGACCUGGAUGACCUGUUGUAUGCAGCCGAGAUCCUGGAGAUCGAGUACCUGGAGGAGCAGUGCCUGAAGAUUUUGGAGACCAUCCAGGCCUCAGAUGACAAUGACACAGAGGCCACCAUGGCUGACGGCGGGCCCGAAGAAGAAGAGGACCGCAAGGCUCGGUACCUCAAGAACAUCUUCAUCUCGAAGCAUUCCAGCGAGGAGAGUGGGUAUGCCAGUGUGGCUGGACAGAGCCUUCCUGGGCCCAUGGUGGACCAGAGCCCUUCUGCCUCCGCCUCAUUUGGUCUUUCAGCCAUGAGUCCCACCAAGGCUGCAGUGGACAGUUUGAUGACCAUAGGACAGUCUCUCCUGCAGGGAACUCUUCAGCCACCUGCAGGGCCUGAGGAGCCAGCUCUGGCUGGGGGUGGGAGGCACCCAGGGGUGGCUGAGGUGAAGACAGAGAUGAUGCAGGUGGAUGAGGCACCUGGCGAGGACAGCCCUGGGGCAGCCGAGUCCAGCUUCUCAGGAGGGAUGGGGGACAAGGUGGAGGAAAGGGGCAAAGAAGGGCCUGGGACUCCAACUCGAAGCAGCGUCAUCACCAGUGCUAGGGAGCUGCACUAUGGGCGAGAGGAAAGUGCUGAGCAGCUGCCACCCCCAACUGAGGCUGUCCAGGGCCCCCUUGGCCGACCGGAGCCCUCAGCGCCCCCAGCUGAGAAACAUCUGGGCAUCUAUUCUGUAUUGCCCAACCACAAGGCUGAUGCUGUGUUGAGCAUGCCAUCUUCAGUGACCUCUGGCCUGCAUGUGCAGCCUGCCCUGGCCGUCUCCAUGGACUUCAGCACCUAUGGGGGGCUGCUGCCCCAGGGCUUCAUCCAGAGGGAGCUGUUCAGCAAGCUGGGGGAGCUGGCUGUGGGCAUGAAGUCCGAGAGCCGGACCAUCGGGGAGCAGUGCAGCGUGUGUGGGGUCGAGCUGCCAGACAACGAGGCUGUGGAGCAGCACAGGAAGCUACAUAGUGGGAUGAAGACGUACGGGUGUGAGCUCUGCGGAAAGCGGUUCCUGGAUAGUUUGCGACUGAGAAUGCACUUACUGGCUCAUUCAGCGGGUGCCAAAGCCUUCGUCUGUGAUCAGUGCGGUGCCCAGUUUUCAAAGGAAGAUGCCCUGGAGACGCACAGGCAGACCCAUACUGGCACAGACAUGGCUGUCUUCUGUCUGCUGUGCGGGAAGCGCUUCCAGGCGCAGAGCGCGCUCCAGCAGCACAUGGAGGUCCACGCGGGCGUGCGCAGCUACAUCUGCAGCGAGUGCAACCGCACCUUCCCCAGCCACACGGCCCUCAAACGCCACCUGCGCUCACACACAGGCGACCACCCAUAUGAGUGUGAGUUCUGUGGCAGCUGCUUCCGGGAUGAAAGCACACUCAAGAGCCACAAGCGAAUCCACACAGGCGAGAAACCCUACGAGUGCAAUGGCUGCGGCAAGAAGUUCAGCCUCAAGCACCAGCUGGAGACGCACUAUAGGGUGCACACAGGUGAGAAACCCUUUGAGUGUAAGCUCUGCCACCAGCGCUCCCGGGACUACUCGGCCAUGAUUAAGCACCUGAGGACACACAACGGCGCCUCGCCCUACCAGUGCACCAUCUGCACAGAGUACUGCCCCAGCCUCUCCUCCAUGCAGAAGCACAUGAAAGGCCACAAGCCCGAGGAGAUCCCGCCUGACUGGAGGAUAGAGAAGACUUACCUCUACCUGUGCUACGUGUGAAGGGAGGCCCGUGGUGGUGGAGCAGGAGCGGGGAGCAAGGAAGAAGCGUUAGAGCAGAUGAAGUCAAGGAAGGACUGUGCAAAAAAAUAAAAAAUAAAAAAUAAAAAAAGGAAAGAAAGAAAGAAAAAGAGAAGAGAAAGGAAACCUGAUAGCUGUUUGGCCUUGGAUUCUCUCUGGGGCUCCAGGUGACCUGGAUGCCAAGCCACUCCCUUCCCUGGCUAAAGAGUUGCCUGAUUUUCAGGGGUGGGAGUGGUUUUGUUCAUUCAGAUGGUAGCUUAUUUUUCUCCUCCCUCCACCCAGACCCUCCUUUUGUGUCCGGAGGUGGAGGCCAGGACGUGGGCGAGAGGCCCUCUGCCCGCCCUCCUCCACAGACUCCUCAGAGGAUGAAGGGAGGGGGCAGAGCAGGGUCUGGGCAUGGGGACUGGGCUGGCUCGCUGGUUGACGCCCCAAAUGGCAGCUCUGGUUUGCUGGCAGACUGGCGAGGGGAAGGGCUCUCUCUUCCCACCGCUCGGUUCAUCUGUUGCUUGCCUCUGCUCUGCUGCAUCUGGGUGGUCGCUGAGGGCCUCGUGGCUUUUGUCCCCUUCCCCAACUCCCUGCCCACUGCCUUCCCUGCCACCUGUCCUCAAGUCCCAGGGGGUUUCCAGCCCCUCAUGGGUCGGGUGGCAUCUCCUUCUUCUUCUUGUUCCCUAGUGGAGAAAGCUGCGGCUGACUCCAGAGCCCCUUCUACCCUUAGCUUUCUGAGAACCCAAAAAGAAAUAAAUCUAGUACCCCACCCUACCAAACCCCUUUAUGAGCAAGAUUCCUGCUGAGCUGCUUUUGCUUCCAAAAUGGAAAAACAUAAGAACGAAAUAUAUAAUAUCCCACCAAACAAAAAUCCCUACAACCCUAUUUCAGUCCCUAGGAGAAGGAAUCCGUGAAAAGGCUCAUUGUCCAAGGGAAAGUUGUGAUAUCUUUCUCUGGAUGGGCCUACACCUGGAGAGGGGGUCACCCCGCCCAAGGGUAGGGGAACUGGGCAGGGGAGGAAGUCGCUGACUCAUACCGGGGACCCUUUACAUAUGGGGGCCCGGGGACCCCAGACGUAGUGAGUUCAGGGGUGAAACCCAUGUCCAGAGAAUAGCACAGAAUUCCUGACUCACAGGGCCCCCCAGUCCACCAGGAGGAGGAGGAGUUGAAAGCGCUUUGGCCUUGUGUUAUGUUUUGCUUCUUUUCUGUGUCCCCUGUUAGCACAUUGUACUUGAAUUACCUCAGUUUUUUGUGACCUCAUGAGCUUUUUUAACCCUCGUAUCUCUUUUUGGUUGGGGGUUGGAGGGCCGGGGAGGGUGUUCUUUUUUGUUCCUUGUGUAAAUUAAUCAUUGUUUUUAUAGACUUCAGCUGGCCAAGGCCCCCCCCCCCCCCAGCCCCCUAGAGACUAGCCUCCCAGCUGGAAGGAGCCGCACAGGAUUGAGUACUCAGGAUCUGAACGUGAGGCCAGGAGGGCAGAGAAGGUGGGUGGAGGGGAAUGGGGCACUGGGGUCUCACUGUCCCCACAAGGGCACUCAGGAGUCACUGUAGGCUCUGCCCAGGGCACAAAGUCAUUGGUUCAACCUACAACCCUCUGCAGAAAAUCCCACCUUUCUUGUGACGUGCUGGGUCAUUCAGGUUGGAGGGCCUAUUAUUCAGAUCCUUGAGACUGUGUGGUCCCACCUCUGUGUGCCAAAAUUGGUCUAUUUUCAUGGCUGGUCUGGGGUUGACCCAGCCUGUGUUGUGUUGGGGAGGGCUGGGGGUGUUGUUUUUCUAAAAGCUACCUCUUAUGUUUGUCCGGUUGUUCUUUUGUUCCUUCCAUGCCUCCCGUUCCUUCAGCUGCUCUUCCACCCCUCUUGUCCCCAACCUCCCCACCCUGAGGUUUGGAAAGCACAUUUGUAAUAUGCAUGUUUGCUUUGGGACGGGCCCUCCGUUUCAUCUCAUGCUUUAUGUGUAAGAGUUUUUAUUUUAUUUUAUUGUUUUUCUUUCCUUUCUCUCUCUGAGAAAGUUGUGGCUGCGUUUGAUCUUAGGUUUUAACAAGUGGUUUAGGGAAGCGGUUUUGGGGAGAAGGGUCGUGAGGAGUAUAGGAAGUCGGAGGGACAGGUGCUGCUGUGACCACCCAGUCCCUCGGCCCCCGUCCCUCCUGCCCUCCCCUUCAAUCUCGUCCACCAAAUCUGAAGGCCUUAAAAAUUGUGUGUUGGGGGGAUGUGGAUUGGGGGGACUGUUGGUUAGGGACGAUAAGGUAGGGAGGAUGUUAUUUUGCAACUAUAAUAUCGACUUAGUGCUUUGGAAAGGAAAAAAAGUUAAACUUGAAAUAUGUGACUAGGACAGUUGUCGUGUUUAUAAUGUGAAAAGAGGGAAUUCAUUUGGGGGAGGGGCAGUCUGUAAGAAAUCAUUGUGCACUAUGGCUUCCUCCCCUAGUCUGGAUAGGAAGGGGGACUAGCUGGCCCUCAGGUGAUCUGUAAAUCCCAGAAUACAGUAUUUUUAACAGCAAGGUGUCAUUCAACAUUGGUGGGGAAGGAAAAAAAAUCAAAUUAUUCCAUAGAACUAGCUGGCCCCCCUUGCACCCCUGCCCUGCCACUCAGCCUGGGUCUCCCCACCCCAUUCAUAAAAGCUGAGAGGGUUGAGCUAAUCUUUACAAAUUGUAAUAUUUUUGUAAUAUUUGUUAGUUCCUUUGUCAGUUCUACAGGACCUUGCCCUUUCUUUUUGUAAUGUGAAUAGGAAAAAAAAAAAAAAGACAAAAAAAAUCCACCACCACCACCACCACCACCAAAAUAUCCCUUUGUACGUGAGUGUGUGUGUGUGCUUUGUGUGUGCGGUUGUGUGUUAAACCACGCAGUAUUGUUGUAAUCUGGUGUUGCAGCAUUGGAUAGUACUAAAUCAGCACCUGCCUGCCCCAUCUGUCCCUGAGGACUCUGCAUCCAGGGAGUGUGGUUUCUGAGGGAUCUGGACAGGGACACCUGACUACUAUGCUCUCUUCUCUGCUCCCAACAAAGCCCCAGACACCUAAAUAAAGUCCAACAUGCCUCUUUCCCAACUUCCUACCCACAAAGACAUGACAAUUCCAAAGUCACCAAGGCCCUUUUGGCCAUGCUUAGUGGGCAAGGAGCAGGGUAAGAAGCUAUCUGGAGGCUUUAGUUGCAUCUGGAGCAAAGGGGGACCAGGAGGGUAGACGUUGCUCUCUCUCCAGGUGAGACCUGAGUAUUUUUACUGCCCCCUUUUUUCUGCCACCUGGCUCCUUCAGCCACCUCACUGCCUUUAGCUGUAGUACUGCUGACACCCUACUUGCUACUGCCUUAUCCAACAUAGUGAAACUUCUCCAGGCUGGAAAGCCCAAGUUGGUUAAUAGUCUCUUUUCCAUGUCCAGCUCUGACAACUGUUUCCCUUAAUGCUUUUGGUGACAUUUACCCCUCACUCAUGCGCUGUUUCCCUAUUCACUCCUUCACUCAUUCAAAGCAUUAAAAUCCUAUGUGUAUAUAGGAUAGACAUAUAUAUAGAUAUAUAUAUAUAUAGCAAGAGAGAUAUAUAAAAUAGUAAAUAUCAUUGCUGCUUUGGGCUGCUUUGGAGGAGGCCAUGGAUGUGGGGAAGGCAGAUCUGGGGUGCAGGGGUGGGGAGGGAGGCUGGGGGACCCAGUGAUUGAGUACAAUCCAGGGAUGUAACACGGGCUUGUUUAAUCUUUGUGCCUGAACAGUUUUUCCAUGUUUAGAGAAAAAAGAAAAAAAAAAAAAAAAAAACUGCUGCAAUUUUUCACAAGUGUAUGGUACCUUUCUGGAUGCUGUUGGUACAAUUGCUGUGAAGGGAAAGGGCCACUUGGCUUACCUCCUUACAGCGGAGUGAGCAGAGGUGGGGGCUGCCUUUGGACUCUGUCCACAAGGGGUGGUGGAGUGGGGGAAUUUCUUUGGCCAAUUUCUUGGCAAGCCGAACUAGGGUGAGAACUGGAGCACCAAGAUGUAAGACAGAAAAGCAGAAGAUUAGACUCUGUUCACUCAUUUUGCCUAGACCUGUGUUAUAGUCAUCUUUCCCCCUGCCCAUCUCGGCUCCUUCUUGAAGCUUUUGCUGGCUUGGCUGGAAUGGUGGCACUUACCUGGUUAUUUCAGUGGGAGGAUAAAAAGCCAGACUAACCCUAGUGGUGGGACUGAUGGGCAGAGGAAGAAGAGAUGGCCUAGUGAGGGGCGCAGGACAAACCAGGGAGGUUGGGUCAGGGGAAAAGGGUGGGGAGGAAGUGGGGUGCAGGGCCCACAGCCUGUCGCCAGCAGCCGUGGUCUCCCCGAAUCCUUGGCAUCCCGUUUUGCAGACAGGGUACCAGCCUCCUGGUGUGUACCAUAGUGUUUGUUCACAUAGUGUGAUGCAUGAUCUCUGUAAGGUUAAGAAGCCGUGGUGGUGCACCAUGACAUCCGACCCAUAUAUAUAAAAAUAAAUAUAUAUAUAUGUAUGUAAAUUAUAGCACUGAGGGCCCUGCUGCCCUGCUGGACCAAGCAAAACUAAGCCUUUUGGUUUGGAUAUUAUGUUUUGUUGUGUUGUUUGUUUUCGUGGCUUGUCUCAUGUCGUGACAGCACAAGUGCCAGUCCAAUUGCUCUGUAUUACAGAAUAGUGUUUUUAAUUCAUGAUGUUCUAGUUAAUGUCUACCUCAGCACCUCCUCUUAGCCUAAUUUUAGGAGGUUGCCCAAUUUUGUUUCUUCAAUUGUACUGGUUACUUUUUGUACAAAUCAAUCUCUCUCUCUCUCCCCCUCUUUCCUUCUCUCUUUCCCUUCUCUCUUUCCCUCUCUCCCUUUCUCCCCCUCUCCAUCUCCCCCCGCCUCUCCCCCUCCCCCCUGCCCUCCCCUCCUGCCCCUUCCCCCUCCCCUCUGCUUCCCCCCUCCCCUUUGCUCCCCCCCCCCCCCCCCGCUUCUGUUUGAUCUACUCUCCCUCUCUCCUUUCCUGCUCCCCCUCCUGCCCCGACCUUGCCGCUCCCCAAGUUGCGCUUGCCGUCCUAUCUGUUCUAGUUCCCAAGCAGUUCACUCGAAGUUGUGCAGUCCUGGUUGCAGCUUUCCGCAUCUGCCUUCGUUUCGUGUAGAUGGAUGCGUUUCUUUGUAAUUUCAGUGUUUCUGACAAGAUUUAAAAAAAGAAAAAAAUGAACUUACUGCUGCAGGUUUUUUUCUCUCUCCAUGUGUCACUAAGUGAAGUUUGUGCCUUCUAUAGCAAAGAGAAUAUUUUUUACAUCCUACUAACAGUAGAUUUUUUUGUAGUGAACAUUUUUUGUAUUUUUAUUUAUAAGUCUCAUAAGAAAAAUAGCAAUGUUCAGUUGUAUACCUUGAAUCUGCAGUUAGAAGAGAAUAAAGUUAAUUCAGUUGUC